AUGGUGUCACCGAUGGUGAAAACCGAAGCGAGUUUGCUGUUGCACCAACUUACACAAUUCCAAUACGCAUGCAAGGCACUGAUCCGUUUAUUCAAGAAAUUCCUGGAACAAGAUGAUACCGUGUACUGUAAUGUCCUGCUGCAGCUUUUGCAUUGGCAAAAUACGCCGGCAUCCAGUAGUCUCGAGAAUGUGCUGGUAGCAUUGGAGUCCAAUUGUGAUGAUAAUCAGACGGAGGUACGUGGUGACAUGGAGUUAAUCGUGCUGGGCAAACCUGCACUUCUCUUUGCCACCUCAAUCUAUGACGAAGAGUUGGCCAUGUUGAUCUGGUCGGGGUUCAUUCACUUUCAUACGCGCUAUCCGGAAUUUGAUCUAACUCGACAGGUGCUAAACAAUUCAGCUGAUUCGCUCGGGUACUCAGCUCUGCAUUAUGCUGUCGAGGCACAGAUGGAAACUUUUCUGCAUGCUGUAUGCAAGGAGCUCAAACAGAACAAGACAACCUCCAUAGUUGGCCGCGUGGUGACAAAAGAUGUAACUCUGCUAGUAAACACUGCUCAGACCAUGGGCAAGAAUAUUGCAAGUGGAGGUUGUUCGCUGCUUCAUCUUGCAGCAAAGAAAGGUGAACUGAAGAUGGUAAAAUGGUUGAUUGAUCCACCGAUGCUUAUGAACCCAAAGACUUUGCGUGAUUGGGACGGAAACUCUCCAGCACGUGUAGCAGCAAUCCAUGGACAUGAUGAGAUUGCUGCAUUUCUGGAGGAUGUUACUGGUGAGGUACCACUAAGCGCUAUGGAUGUCGAUGUGUUGCGAUCCAAGCGCGACAUAAUGGCUAGAGAACGCUACUUAGCGAACUUGAAGCCUCAUGCAUUGAUGUUAGAGCCGUCAGUAUUCUCAACUAUCUGGACUCUUGAGGAAACCCAUUUCAUUCGAAGUGAAGUAAAUCGAGUGGCUGCUGAGCAAGGCUGGUGCACGGAGCGACAUGCAUCUUAUCAGACAACGGAUAUGCCGUGUCACCAAGUUGCCAGCUUGAAUUCCUGGGUGCGUUCGACGCUGGCAAUGAGACUGUUUCCUCAAAUUGCAAAGCACUACCAACUGCCCAAGUCACAGCGACUCCUUUUCCGUGACCUCUUUUUCGUCAAGUACGAGGCUCGCACGGGUGAACGCUCGGAUCUCGCACUUCACCGUGAUGGCUCCGUUCUGUCUUUUAAUGUGUUGCUAAACUCUGCCGACGAUUUCACUGGAGGUGGCACCUACUUUGAUGCCACGAAACAUACAAUACAUCUUACCCAAGGCGAUGUUGUGGUGCAUAGUGGAAAAGUGCUUCAUGCUGGUGCACCAGUGCUAUCGGGCAUACGCCAAAUUCUUGUUGGGUUUCUAGACGUUGCAGACUGUGUGUUCUAA